UCUCACUAUCACAUUCUCUCCCUCUAGUCUCAUCUCUAUAAACACACCUCCGACCCUCCCAUCCACACACGCACAUGCAUGCUCAUCACCACGGCAAAGCAAGCAAAGAUCAAGAUCAUAUCAGUCCCUACAUUAAUUCUUGGAAGGAUUAUCGGAGGUCGAUCGGCACGCAGUGAUGGCGAAGGCAGGGGAGGCGUUGGAGGUGUCGGUGGAGGCGGGGAACCAUGGCGACGAGGCGCGGCUGGACGAGGACGGGCGGCCGCGGCGGACGGGCACGAUGUGGACGGCGAGCGCGCACAUCAUCACGGCGGUGAUCGGCGCCGGCGUGCUGUCGCUGGCGUGGGCGAUGGCGCAGCUGGGCUGGGGCGCGGGGCUCGUCGCCAUGGUGGUGUUCGCCGCCAUCAGCUACUACACCUCCACGCUCCUCGCCGACUGCUACCGCAGCGGCGACCCCGUCUCCGGCAAGCGCAACUACACCUACACGGAGGCCGUCCGCGCCAUCCUCGGCGGCGCCAAGGUCAAGCUCUGCGGCGUCAUCCAGUACGCCAACCUCGUCGGCAUCGCCAUCGGAUACACCAUCGCCUCCUCCAUCAGCAUGCUGGCGAUCAAGAGGGCGGACUGCUUCCACGACAAAGGGCACAGGAACCCGUGCCGGAGCUCGAGCAACCCCUACAUGAUCCUCUUCGGCGCCGUGGAGAUCGUCUUCUCGCAGAUACCGGACUUCGACCAGAUAUGGUGGCUCUCCAUCGUCGCCGCCGCCAUGUCCUUCACCUACGCCACCAUCGGCCUGUCGCUCGGGAUCGCGCAGACCGUCGCCAACGGCGGGAUCAGGGGCAGCCUCGCUGGCAUCAGCGUCGUCGCCGGGGUGUCGCCGGCGCAGAAGGUCUGGCGCAGCCUGCAGGCCUUCGGCGACAUCUCCUUCGCCUACUCCUACGCCUACAUCCUCAUCGAGAUCCAGGACACCAUCCGGGCGCCGCCGCCGUCGGAGUCUACGGUGAUGAAGCGCGCCACGAUGGUGAGCGUCGCCACGACCACGGCCUUCUACAUGCUGUGCGGGUGCAUGGGGUACGCGGCGUUCGGCGACGACGCCCCCGAAAACCUCCUCACAGGGUUCGGCUUCUACGAGCCCUACUGGCUCCUCGACGUCGCCAACGCCGCCAUCGUCGUGCACCUCGUCGGCGCCUACCAGGUCUUCGUCCAGCCGCUCUUCGCCUUCGUCGAGACGCGGGCGGCGGCGCGGUGGCCGGGGAGCAGGUUCCUGUCCCGGGAGGUGAGGGUGGGGCCCUUCGUCCUCAGCGUGUUCCGGCUCACGUGGCGCACGGCGUUCGUCUGCCUCACCACCGUCGUCGCCAUGUGCCUCCCCUUCUUCGGCGACGUCGUGGGCUUGCUCGGAGCCAUCUCGUUCUGGCCGCUCACCGUCUACUUCCCCGUCGAGAUGUACAUCGCGCAGCGCGGCGUGCCGAGGUGGAGCACGCGGUGGGUGUGCCUCCAGACGCUCAGCGCCGCGUGCUUCGUCGUGUCCGUCGCCGGCGCCAUAGGCUCCACGGCCGGCGUCAUAGGCUCGAUCAAGUUGCACCGGCCGUUCAGCGGCUACUAGGAUUAGGAGCACGAUCCGCUCUGUUGCAGUCACAAAGCUAGCUGACCAGACUGCGCAGAUCCUUUCUACCUUUAAUUUAGCGAUGUGUCACAACAGUUAUUCUUAUAUUUGUACGUAGAAAAAUGUGAAACUCGCCAAGAUUUAUGAUUGAUGAGGAUAAAAUAUAAUGGAGGAAAAAAGAACUCUUCCAGCAGAACAGGUGAUAGUCCAAUGAGGAGCUUCGAAAAGUAAAAGAAAAAAGUUCCAUUUGUUUA